UACACACUCCCCGUUUCCAUUUCCAUUUCCAUUUCCAUUUCUCACCAACUCCAUUGCUCUCAAUCGAUAAUUUCCAUGGCUUCUCUUCCUUCCCCACCCACCACUACCACGAAUCUCCUCAACAGAUCCCUUCUUCCUUCCAAGCCUCAAUCUCCGAUCAUCUCAAUCCCUUCUUCUUCCUCCUCGAAGCCUCUUCGUUCACAUGGCGUUCGCUGCUCUGUUGCUGCGGCGCCUUCUGUUUCGACCAAGGCGUCCAGGGAAUUUAAGUUGAAAUCUGUCAAGGCCCGGCAGAUCAUUGACAGCCGAGGCAAUCCGACUGUCGAGGUUGAUUUGAUUACUGAUGAUCUCUACCGAUCCGCUGUCCCCAGUGGAGCCUCCACUGGGAUCUAUGAGGCCUUGGAGCUUAGAGAUGGCGAUAAAAGCGUUUAUGGCGGUAAGGGCGUGCUUACUGCUGUUAAGAAUAUCAAUGACAUCUUGGCUCCAAAGCUCGUCGGCGUCGAUGUCAGAAAUCAAGAAGAUGUUGAUGCAAUAAUGCUGGAAAUUGAUGGUACCACAAACAAGUCGAAACUUGGUGCAAAUGCUAUACUAGGAGUUUCUUUGAGCGUAUGCAGAGCUGGUGCUGGCGCCAAGAGACUACCAUUAUAUAGGCACAUCCAAGAAUUAUCAGACACAAAGGAACUUGUUAUGCCAGUCCCUGCUUUUAAUGUUAUAAAUGGCGGUAGCCAUGCUGGAAAUAAUCUAGCCAUGCAAGAAUUUAUGAUCUUACCAGUAGGUGCUGCAUCUUUCGCGGAGGCGCUUCGCAUGGGAAGUGAAGUUUAUCACACACUGAAGGGAAUUAUUAAAGCAAAAUAUGGACAAGAUGCCUGCAAUGUUGGAGAUGAGGGUGGAUUUGCUCCAAAUGUUCAAGAUAACAGAGAGGGAUUGGUUUUGCUUACUGAUGCCAUUGAAAAGGCUGGUUAUACAGGAAAGAUCAAGAUAGGAAUGGAUGUUGCAGCUUCAGAGUUUUUCACUAAAGAUGGAAGAUAUGAUCUGAACUUCAAGAAACAGCCCAAUGAUGGAGCUCAUGUUCACUCGGCUCAUGGCCUUGGUGAACUCUAUAAACAGUUUGUCAAUGAUUUUCCGAUUGUUUCCAUCGAGGACCCCUUUGAUCAAGAUGAUUGGAGCUCCUGGGCUUCCCUACAAUCUUCUGUUGGUGUGCAAAUUGUGGGUGAUGACUUGCUGGUAACAAAUCCUAAGAGAAUUGCUGAAGCCAUACAGAAGAAGGCUUGUAAUGCUUUACUUCUGAAGGUUAACCAGAUUGGAUCAGUGACUGAAUCAAUUCAAGCUGCUCUCGAUUCAAAGGCUGCUGGUUGGGGUGUGAUGGUCAGCCACCGAAGUGGUGAAACUGAAGAUAACUUUAUUGCCGAUCUUUCUGUUGGCUUAGCCAGUGGACAGAUCAAAACCGGAGCUCCAUGCCGAAGUGAACGGUUAGCCAAAUAUAAUCAACUUCUUCGCAUUGAAGAAGAACUUGGGAAUGUUCGCUAUGCCGGCGAGUCUUUCAGAUCACCUUAGGAGGUAAAAGUUUAAGGCGACAGUGAUAAUGUAUCAAUUUUAGGCUGAAGAUUUGGUUGAUAGAAGAAAAUGUAGAGGAUUUCUGCGGAAACAAUAUGCAGAACUAUCCUGUCUGAGAUGUUAUUAUGAGUACUUAAUUUUUGUUUUGAACUAUCCAUGGAAAUUUUCGUUUCAAAAUAAUGCAAGCUCUUUUCUGAUGCAAGCUA